AUGAGUGCGCGGCCAACGACAGCCGGCACUCGGACGAAAAAACAGAAUCAUGCUAAUAUACCAUGUCCCAUCGAGGACUGCGCACGCUUUACGUAUGGAAAACUGCCUGAUCACUUGACUAAGGUCCACGGCCUAACUGGAGCAGAGAGAGACGCACUCAACGAGCAACAAAGAAAAAGAUUUUUCAACGGAGAACUGUGUCAAGUUCGGUUCUUGAAAGAAUCGGCUAUUCGAGAUCUUUGGGGUGCAGAUUACGAAGAUCCUCGGAUUCGUGCAAAGAUUCAUCAGAGCUACUCUCUUGUUAAAAUAAGGAUAAUUCCACUGGCCGCGACUCAACGCUCUCGGCCUCUUACAGAACAAGAUGCAAAUGUACUAACAGCAUAUAAUGCCCGAACUGCACCACGUCCAGCUCGAGUUCAAAGGACAAGAGCUCGUCCGCGACCUUAUUCAAUUCCAGUAGCAAGCCCAGAAGAAAGUCGGGUAUCCAGUGAGUCCAGUGAAGAAGAAAAUGCACGUGGAUCUUUACCCUUGUCGCCACCACCAUCAUCGCCCUCUUUACCACCAUCUCCCGCGCCUUACGAAUUACAGCCAGUGGAAACACGACUGCGAGACAUCUUUGAUUCGAAAAUCGAUGCGGGAUAUAAAGCAGUAAUCGAUGAUAUGAAAAAAUCGAUGGCAAUGGGUCGUUCGCUUGGAGCCCGAAAGCGAAAAGCGUACAGAACAUACCGCCGAUAUGCAAAACGAUUAAUCGCGUACUUACAUAGACAGCAUUCACCGCUAGCUUAUGACGUCGACGUAUUACUGUGUGGGGAAAGCCAAGUAUGUGCGUUUUUGGAAAGAAUAAGCAGCGAACACAAAACGAAAACAUUACGUAAUUACAUCGUUGCUGCAAUUAAAUUGCUCGAUUCAAGACUUUUCGCGAUAGAAACAGAUCCUUCGAGUAAAGAAAAAGUUGCAUCAAUGACGCGCGUGUAUGACGUUUUACACGGGAGACUAAAUGCUUGCGACAGACUAUUGGCACAAAAAGAGACUUGUCAAAAAGAGACCGCCCAUUUUGACAGCGACACUAUGGAUCAGAGCUUCAACGAAAAUUACGACGACUUGGUUUAA